CUUGAACGAGACGGCAGCGGCGGCGGCAGCAGCAGCCGUAAGGAAAAGUCGGAACACGAUGCGAAGAGCGAGAGGCUGGGGCUUGGCCGCGAGGGCCGGGACGGGGUUUGGAGAAGGCGGUAGGAACGAAGGCAGAGCCCUGUGAGGUGGGUCACCCCGACGGAAGUAUUCGGGCGACUUCUUCGACGCUUCCAUGUAUCUGUGUGGCGAUAGCAGCUUGAGAAUGGUAUUUCGAAGACAACCAGCCGAGCAAACGUAGAUUCCGAUUUGAUUACUGAGAACAAGAGCAAGGAAUAAACGGAGAGGGCUCGAUCAAGCGUUUUGUUUUGCAGAACGAACGCGAGAGUUCAAUAGCAUCCGAUUCUCCCUUGUCCGGGCCAAGGAAAAGCUUUUGCCCAACGCAGAAGGAAAGACGAUGCUGACCGCUUCUCUCUGACGCCCCGUCCAACUAUUUAUAUGCGCCUCGUCUCGUCGCCCGACUCAUGGAACAAAGGAUCUGUGCAGGGUGAAUUCAGGAACCGCUCCAUGGCUCAAAUACUCAAAGGACUAUGGGAGAGGGUCCAAGGUAAGUGGCAUCUGAAGAUAAUAUGUAGCCAUGUUUUUAACCAAUAUGCUGGUAAUAAGCCACUCAUGGCGUUGGAAAAGCUCCACGUUGCAACAUUACGGGUUUUUGACUCUCUGAACAAGAAUCUCCUCGGUCCUCAUAAGCAACCUCCAUCUGCAUCGGCUAUUGCCAACAAAGAAAAAGAGUACAGGAAGACCAAAACUGAAAUAAACGAGAAUGAGUUCUAUGAAACAAUUUUGGAAUGGACGAGUAAAGAUUUGCGCAUAUAUACGGUGAAUAAAAUCAUUCUUGCUUGUCUGGCAUCGCCCGCGCUGACCAUCGUGACAAAGAACGCGGGCAAGCGAGUGCCAAGGAUCGGACAUGUCGUGGAGAAGAUUCCAGCUCCUGUGUUAUUCUCAGCUUACUCUGCGUUGCUUGUGUUCCUCCCAGAUAUCCGUGUUGAGUAGGAGAAAGUAUCCAAGUUUAAACAACUUCCCUGGUGUGUUCAAGCAGGAUCAGUAUCACUAUGUUUUGUGAUGUUUUAUAAGGAUUGUAUUACAAGAACAAUUAAAUAAAUAUGCGACAAGCUGGAUAGCUUCUGUGCAGAAUGGUAUUACAUAUUAAUUUGGGUGAUUUUACGA